AUGGGGAAUACGCAGGGGAAGCCGGUGUGCUCCACCGAUGAGGUGAACCUGAACCAGUUCCGGUUGCUACGAGUCGUCGGAAAAGGAGCGUUUGGCAAAGUUCGCAUCGUCGAGAAGAAGGAUACCGGGUUAACAUUUGCCCUCAAGUACAUCCGCAAAGAAGAAGUGGUUCGAUCGGAAAGCGUACGAAAUAUAAUUCGCGAACGGCGAAUGCUCGAACAUCUGAACCAUGCCUUUCUUUGCAACUUAAGAUACAGUUUUCAAGACAUAGAGUAUAUUUACAUUGUGGUGGAUUUAAUGAAUGGUGGUGAUCUGCGCUUUCACAUCUCUAGAAAAUGCUUCACGGAGGAGGCCGUGCGAUUCUGGGUGGCGGAGCUGGGUUGUGCUCUGCGGUACAUCCACUCCCAAGGUAUCAUACAUCGGGAUGUGAAGCCAGAUAACGUCCUGCUGGAUUCGGAGGGACACGUCCAUUUGGCCGACUUUAACGUCGCCUCGGACUUCCGACCCGGCAAGCCUCUCACGAGCAAAUCGGGAACGUUGGCGUACCUAGCCCCCGAAGUCUACGAGGGAGGAGGAUACUAUUGCGAAGUCGAUUGGUGGUCGCUCGGUGUCACGUUCUACGAGUGCAUCUACAACAAGCGACCGUUUGAGGGUCGCAGCCAGGACACGCUGAGUGAAAACAUCAAGAAGGCCCAACCGAAAUACUACGUCACCAACCCUGCUGUCUCGGUUCCAUGCCUGCGGGCAAUGGCUGCAUUUAUGGAGAAGGACCGAAGCAAGCGUAUCGGCGCAAUCAGUUUCGAAUCCUUUACCUCCCACCCAUUCUUUGCCGAACUCGACUUCGUGGCUCUCGAACGGAAAGAAAUCCCUCCCGUUUUCACCCCCUCCAGCGACAAGACCAAUUUUGACGCUACCUAUGACCUGGAGGAGUUGCUGUUGGAAGAGGCGCCGCUUGAAGCUAGAGCUCGCCGACAGAAGCCGAGAGCCGAGUUGCGAGAAGAUGCGACGGCCAAGGAGAUCCGGGAGGAUGAACUGCAUCGCCUCAUCGAGACGAUGUUUGAGCCGUUCGAUUAUACUACGGUGACUUUCCGAGGAAAUGCCGCCGAUGCGAUCGCAUCCGCAACGAAUCCGGAAGACUGCCUUCCUGUCGGCUCGACCCAUUCACGACAAUAUUCGCAGCAUGAUUCGAGAAACUCGCCUCCCCCUCAGCGCAACGAGGGUUCGGUUGGCCGCCUGACCCAGCCAGAUACGCCUUCUCCCCUCGGAGGGACCCCAGAACCACAAGACCCAACGUCUGUGCCUAACAAGGCUCCUCUGUCUCCCGCUGUCCAGCCAGCACAACCCCCGCCUCCACCGCCUCCUGCUCCUCCAUUCCAUCGCCCCUUACCGCAAGCCAGCCGCCCUCGUGGAGCAACGCGCAAGACCAGCAAAGGCGGAGGAGUGCAGAUGGUCCUGGAGGAAGCCGGUAGCUGGACUGAGCUGGCGGAUCAUAGUACCACGCUUCCCGCGGAAGGCUACGACACGAACAACCCGAAAGGAAAAUCCUCCAACAGUGGCAUGCUUGCCUUUUUGAGUCGGAAGAAGGGUCGAGACAGGAGUCCCAAGCCUCAGGAGCCGGGUGUGCUGGGCAAAGAAGGCGCCAGACAGAUUAUUGGCUCGUAA